UCUUACGUUUGACAGACACAUUUGCAACGAUCGUAGCGCGUUCACUGUUCAUUUGUCGAACUCCGAAAAUAAAUAAACCACUUCUUACUUUACAGAGAGAAGAGGGAGAAUCCUGGUGUAAUGACAGUUUUAUGUGUACUGGUGAAAAUUAAUUGAGUUGUUGUGUAUAGGUACUUGGGUGUUUUUCCUUUCGACAUUGUUCUUGGAAUUCUUUGAGCGUCCGCAAUUUCCCCAUCGUCCCCUACAUAUUUUAAACGAAGAUCUUCUAAAACAUCAUAUCUUCAGGACCAACAAAUGUCUCUUCCAUGAAUGGCGUAGGCUUUCGAAAUGACAGUGAUGUUGGCUGUUAUAGUUUUACUCUCCUCUCUCAUGCUCUCCUCCUGCAACGAGAAUAACUUUGGAUUUAAAUCUUUCGAAGAUGCGAACGCGCAACCACAUGAUUUGGACACUAACUGGAGUGCUCCAUACCAGAGGUUUAUCGCAACAUCGGGUAGAAUCUUCCAUCUAGUAUUUCCGAGAUACCUUUUCGGUAGAGAUACAUCGAAGUUCGAGGCUAUAUCAGACAGUGGGAAACCACUACCUAGAUGGUUGAUAUUUGAUGAAAUAAAUGCUCUUCUUUGGGGAGUACCAUCAGAUGAAGAUAUAGGCAAUAUUAGUUUAAUCGUAAAAAGUCUGAACAGUCAAAAACCUAUAGUGAGGAAUAUUGUCAUUGAUGUACAACCUACUUCUAUGCCGAUUAGAUCAGUUACAAAAUGUUCAUCUUCCGAAGACAUAACCCUUUUCUCUAUGCUUAUCGAUAAAUGGAUUGGUGCUAUUGAGCCUAGGCAAAGGAUCGCAGCUCUCAACGAUAUCUCGAAGUUCUUUGGUAUCCCUAAUAGUGCCUUUUACUUGAAAUCAUUGAAUGUGCAAGACGAUCCUUACAAUGAAUCUGUAGUUUUGGCUGGUCCAGGAAAUAUCAGGAAGAAAACCUCCAACUUAACAUCCAUACUAGAAGUUCCUAUUGGUUGUGAUGGAAGAAUUUUUCCCCAAUAUACUGCUAUACUUCAUCAACUCAAUCACCAAGCAAUAGAAGGAACUAUUUCAGAAGUUAUUAGGUUACCCAUUGUUGGAUGGAAGAUUAAAGUUUAUCAUAACGUAGCUGUGAGGGAAAGAAGGCAGGCUUUAGAGCAAAUUCCUGACGGAGAAAAUGGAGAAUAUGACGGAGAGUACUACGAUGAUUAUGAAGAUUCCGAAAAUUAUGAGGAAGACUUAGGAGUAACAACACAUACAUCUGAAUUUUUUGAAGCUGCUCGAAGCCCUACAAUUGUGAAUCCUACAGUUUCAUCUGUCAAGAAGUCAGAAAAAAACAAUGUUCAUCCCCACAGACAUCAUCAUGGUGAGGCAAAAGAGGAUGGAAAUAUGCCUAUUUGGACACAGAUUGUAGACGACAAUUCUUCAGGAAAUAAUAAUAUAAUACCUCUUACAUCACCUGAAGUGCCUAAAAUAUCUCCAACAACAAGAGAUACAGCGACUGCCACUAAAACCGCAACUCCAACAGAGAGAGCAACCUCAGCAGCAACAACUAUAAAAAUGCAAUUUCCAGAAAAUAUUGACACAUAUGUAGAUAAUUAUGAAAAUUAUAAAACAGGUGAUUAUGAAGAUGAGGAGGACGACUCUGGUGAAAUUGAGAAUCAAACAAUAGUUCCUGUAUCUAAAGCUACUAGUAGAAGCAACACUAGAACUACAACAACUAGUACAGAACAAAUUAUCAUUGAGGAUGAUCCACAUUACAAAGAAAAAACAACUGAAAGAGACAUAGUUGAACAAUAUUUGGACAAUGUAGGUGUAGAAAUAUCCUACUCAACGACACCAACAUCAACUCUCAAAGUUAUGAUAACCUCUAAAGUUGAAAAUACUAUUCCUACGAGUACUAUGUUUGUGACGACCUCAGUUCCAUCAACGACAGUAUCAACAAUAACUUCAACAAAUACUUCAUCUACAGCAACAGUUGACACCCCAUCUACCACUAUCACUCCUUCAACUAACAACCCAAAUACAGAAACUAUAACUACCUCGACAACUGCAGCAACACCUAUAAACACAACAACAUCAACCACAAGCAAUCCAAAAAUCACAACUACUUCAACCACUACCGCUAUCUCUAAACCUACCUAUAUUACAACUGAAGUAGCCGACAAAAUAUUAGAGGAAGAACUGACUACUCCUACAAAACUUACCACAUUGAUACAAUAUUCAAGUAUCCCUCCACCAAUAACAACAUUAUCGGAAAAAGAUAAUGAGGUUGAAAAUGAACCGCCCUACAUAGAAAAUCGAUUGAAAAGAAAGAAUGUAGUUGCCGGAAAAAUUUUUCGGUUUGUGAUUCCUGAAGAUACCUUCAAAGAUUCUGAGGACAAUUAUGACUUGAAACUAGAAUUUUUAGACAGUGAUGAAAAUACAAUUACAGCAAAUUCAUGGUGUCAAUUCAAUCCACAUCGUAGGGAAAUAUAUGGACUUCCUCUCGAUGACCAUGUAUCAAAAUGGGAAUAUAUCAUCAGAGCCACAGACAAGGAAGGAGCUUUUGUACAGGAUAGAUUAACUAUUCUUGUACAACAACACAAACUGCAACGCGUAUUCAAUCUUGAAUUUUCCCUCGAGAUACGUAUUGAAAAAAAAGAUGAAUUCAAACAUUACGUGGACUGGUCCUUGAGAAUGUUGAGAGCCUUAGGAAGAAUAUAUAGUACAAAUAUGUCAGAAAUAACUGUAAAGAAAGUAAGCUUCUCCAAGCAACCUGUUGUCUUCACUUGGAGCAAUGACUCACUACCAACAAACUUUUGCCCAAAAAAUGAGAUCGACAAGUUGUACAAGAUGCUCACUGCUAACGAUAGGGGAGACCCUUCUCGUCUAUUAAACAAUGCUGUUAUUCCUGAAUUAAGAGUAAAAAAAGUAUCUUAUUAUGGACUAGGAGUGUGUGAAGAAAUCAAUACUCCAAUUGCACCCCCUGUAAAUUAUCCACCUAUAUUGAGAAAUCCAGUGAAUAGAAUCAAUGCUACAGUUGGGGAAUUACUGAUUUUUAGAGUUCCUAAGGACACAUUUUAUGAUCCAGAAGAUUUGGAUACUCUCUCCUUAAAUUUAACUCUACUAACAGGAAAUCGCCAAGAAAUUUCUCCACACAAUUGGUUGCAAUUUGAUUCCAAAAAUAGGGAAUUCUUUGGUAUUCCGAGGAAAACUAGUAGAAGUGAAUACCAGCUCAUUUGUAUUGAUAGUGGUGGUUUACCUGUGAUAGAUAGCUUAGAAGUUGUAGUUUUUCCAGCUUCUAAAGUGAAUUAUAAUGUUGAGUUUAGUAUGACUAUUGAAACUUCUUAUGAUUCCUUUAUUGACAAUUCUAUUAUUCAGAAGAAAUUCGUAGACAAGUUAUUGGAAAUCUUUGGAGAUGGGAAUGCUAGUCAUAUACAAUUCCUUCCCUUCAAGCAGAAACAGCAUUCUGUAAUAGUAACUUGGUAUAAUAAAACUUUGUCAACUGACAAAUGCCCACAGGAUCAAAUUGCCAAACUCGAAUCCAUGAUGAAGAACGAAGAAAGAGGCAUAUCGAAUAGAGUUCAUGCCAUUAUGGAGCCUGAUUUCCAAGUGUCCACUAUAAAAGUUUUACCAAUGUCAAACUGCAAAGUCCACAAGCCAAAGUAUCAUGUUCCCAAAAUGCCAGAAGAUAGAAUUAUUGUGGAUGAAUCUUCACAAACUAGUUCUAGUUCUGAUCAAUACCUUUUGACGUUUAUAGUUCCGGUUUUUUUCAUAUCAGUAAUGACUUUCUUUGCAAUUUUUGCAGCUUGCAUCUUAUAUCGUAGAAGACGAACUGGAAAAAUGAAUGUACUCGAGGAAGGGCGACAGAGUUAUGGCAACAAAGGCAUUCCAGUAAUAUUUCAGGAAGAACUAGAUGAGAAACCGGAAGCAGGCACAAAAGCACCAAUAAUAUUGAAAGAUGAGAAACCCCCACUAGCACCCCCUGAAUAUAGCAAAAGCAGCUCAUUGAAGUUCACUGAUGAUUCUGAGCCUUACCAUCCACCCCCUCCUUUCACUAAAACCCAAGAUAAUGGUAAAAACUCUAGGCCGAAACCUGCACCAACGUACAGGAAGCCUCCACCAUAUGUGCCUCCUUAACAAUUACAGUUCACGUUUUUCCAGCAGUAAUUCACCCUGAAGUUUUCAGAAAUCAAAUAAAAUUAGAACAGAUGAAAUUAUGAAAAAUGAAGUAUGCAUGUGCAGUAAGCUCUCCGAUUGCGUAUAGAACUUAGAUUAUUUAACAUAAUUUUCUGUCGCCUCUGAAAUUAAUGAAUUUCAUAUUUUCAUUCAAUUUCCCAAACGAAAUAGAUCUUUCCACUUCAGUUAAACCUAUAGUUACUCACAAGGUGAGGUUUUUUUCAUUUGAUUCGAUAUAUUCCCGUAUCCAAAUCGCUAUAUUCACAUCGUUGUUUUCUUGAUUCGAUUAGUUUUGAGACUGAUUUUUUAAUAGGAUCUGAAAAUUUCCGAUGAAUUCACCGUUUUAUAUUUGAGUUAUUGAAUAGACGUGAGCUAAUUAAUUUUUUAUUCAAACAAUAGAAUUUAUUUCCAAAAGUGUAGCUACAAUUUCUUGUGAAAAUAGGACAAACACUUAUCAGUAUUUUUUCAACAAUAUCCUAUUGAAAUUGGAAUUGGAAAAGUAUCAAUUCAGUUUGGCAAAACUUAACAUCAAUUACAAAUCAAGCUUCGAAAAUUGUAGUUCGAAAAUUAUUGAUAUUUACAGCCGGUUUCACAGAACUUGAGAUGUUAUUUGGCGUUGAACUGCUUUCAAAAUUAUUUUCAAAAUAUAUUCUGUGUGACGUCACUAGUUCAAAAGUAAAUGAAUAGUUUUGAAAUCUUCACAUCAUCAUCUUAGAUGAACACUAUAAGCGUUGCAAAAUUACAUUGACUUUAUACCAUAUAUGGGGGUAUAACGUAACUGUAUGCAAAAUUACACCCAAAGUGGCGACAACGGAUCAUAAAACUGUCAACAAUCCGCCAUGUUUUGUCAAGGACGUAGGCAAAGAAUCAUAGAAAUAUGAUGUACUUUUUUUUUAUAGCAGGGGGAAUCUGCGACCGUGAAAACACGGGGCUCUAUCUCUCGCCCAGAGGAACCGAUUUCUAGGGAACACUGUGGGAUUACUCACUCUCCUGAGUUCGCGACCCACUAAGCCUAACCUGCUUUACAUUGGUUCCGAGUAUUUGCCUAUGAACCAUUUAU